AUGGUGCUGCACCGGGCCAUCCAGGCAGCUCGAGCAGGGGAUCUGGCAAUCCUGAGGGAGCUGGCGUCCUCAGGUCACCUCUCUCCUCUUAUCACUGAUGCCCAAGGCGCCAGCCCAGUGCACCAUGCAGCCAGGUGUGGACGCCUGGAGUGCCUGCAGUUCCUGGUGAGCGAGCAGGGUCUGGCAGCUGAUUGCCGGGCCUUGAACAGGGCCACGCCGGCACAUGACGCAGCAGCUACUGGCCACAUCCGGGAGCUGCGAUGGCUUGUGGAGGAAGGAGGUUGCAACAUUGAGGAUCGGGAUGCAGGUGGCGCCACAGCCCUUCACCUUGCAGCUCGUUUCGGUUGCGUUGAGGUCGUCGAGUGGCUGCUUUCAGCUGGAGGACUGGCAGAGGUGGAGACAAACUGUGGCGCAGUUCCUGCUCACUACGCUGCAGCCAACGGUCACCUCGGCUGUUUGAAACUACUCAUUGAGCAGGCACCUGGGUGUGUGAACCACCAGACCGGUAUGGGUGCGACCCCGCUCUACCUGGCCUGCCAAGAAGGCCACCUCCAUGUUGUCGAGUACCUUGUUAAGGACUGUGACGCGGACGUCCACCUGAGGGCGCACGAUGGCAUGACGUGCCUGCACGCUGCAUCUCACAUGGGUCAUCAUGCUGUGGUGGAGUGGCUGGUGACCUGCACGGAUGUCAACAUAUCCUGCCAGGACAGGGAUGGAGCCACUGCUCUGCACUUUGCUGCCAGCAGGGGGCACUAUUGCAUCUUGGAGACGCUUCUUCACUUGGGUUCAAAGGUUAUCAAAGAUCACUGGGGAGGGACCCCACUUCAUGAUGCUGCAGAGAAUGGAGAGCUGGAGUGCUGUAGAAUCCUGUUAGCCAAUCAAGCAAACCCCUCACAUCAAGACAUUGAUGGAUUUACAGCUGCAGAUUUGGCAGAGUACAACGGACACUAUGAAUGUGCCAGAUAUCUCCGUGCCAUUGAGGCAAAAGCAGAUAACAUUGAGAUCAUCACUUCAGUGGAGGAAGGAGAGAAAGUGAAGCCUCCUGUGUUGCUGCAGCAAAGCAGGAAAGACUACUACGGAAGCCUGAGUGACACACGCAGCGACAGUUGCAGCACAAACACACCCAUGGAUAGUUUGAAGGAACCUGAGAGUGAGGAGUCUCCACAGGCCAGAUACCCUCAACCGUCAGCCAUCCUCCACAGAAUAGAGCAGGUUCAGACUGCAACAUCUGUUAUUAAAGGUUUCACUCAGCCCAAGGCAGCUGGGAGUAAGACAAAUGUCUCCGCUGAUAAGAUGAUGUUGCCUGACGCAAACUUCCUGUCUGAAAAGAAUCUGUUUGGGAACAUGAAGUCCAUUACAUCUCUGAAGCAGUCGGGGGUGUCGGGAGCCUUCACUGGACAAGCAAAUAAAAUGGUGGUCCUGCCCACUGAGGAGGCGAACCUGUCCGACAUCGACUACCUGGUGCCCACCCACGACGAGAAAGGCCGUCCCAUCGCUGAGUGGAAGAGACAAGUGAUGGUGCGACAGCUGCAGGCCAGGCUGCUGGAUGAGGAGGAUCAGAGGAGGAAGGAGAACGGGAACAGAUUCGUUAAAGUCAGCUGGAGGUACUCCCAAGCUCACAACGCCAUCCUGGGGCCUUUUGGUGAGCUGCUGACCGAGGAUGACCUCAUCUAUCUGGAGCAGCAGAUCGCCAGCGUCUACAUGCAGAGGAAAAGUGAAGGCUACGAGCUGGAGCUAGCUCGACUCGCCGAGGAGCUCAGGCACAUCCUGCCCGCACCGAUAGUCAACAUCACCGUCAACACACAGUUCAGAAACUUCACCAGUCAAGUUCCCCUCCCCAUGUGGUGUGGUCGCAUCUCUGGCAUCGUACAGAGCAUGUCUCUGCUCUUGACCAACCUGAAUGACCAGCCUCACUGUAAGAUGCCCAACACUGACCUGAUCACCGUGUUCUCCCAGACUCCCGACAGACAGAACUCCAUCAGAGGACGCAGAGAGAGGAUAGAGGAUGAAAUCCAUCAGUUUGGAGUUUCUGUGAGGACUCUGAAGUCUAACUUUGAGAUGCAGGAUUCACCGCUGUCAAUCGAGCCAGAAGAGGCUGUCGUGUUAAAUUCACCCACAGAGCUCAUGACAGCAGAGCAGCAUAAACAGACUAAAACGUUAAUUCCAGCCAAGGAAACAGACCACAACAGCGACUCCGGCAUUGACAUAAAUGUCGCAGACGUCCUGGAGACCACCAGCCUGAGAAAAGAGCGGAUCGUUGUGCUCUUCUUAGGGCACUGGAAGAAAUCUGCCUACGCCGUGACGCAGAGGAGGGUGAGCGUUGUGAGCGUGGGAGCGGGCGACAGAUCUGGGUCAGACCGUACAGGCAGCGUGGAGAGCGACCAGUCCAAGAUGAUGAACAGUUCUCUGGGACAUUUCUUCAAACAGAGGAGCGCCGUCAACAAGAUGCUGGGGAACUGGAGGAGCAUGAUCUCCAGUGUCCCGUCCAGACAGAUACGCAGGCUCCACAGGGAGAAGGCUCUCUACUCUCCAGAGCAGUUCCUUCCUCGUGUGGACGGCGUGCCUGUGGAGUACGACAACCUGACCUUGGAUCUCUUCAUGCUGGGCUACUUUCACAUCCUGGAGUUGGAUCUGCCGGUGGACGAACGCAAGAUGAGACACCUGCUGUGCUUCGAGGUGUUCGACCACAUCGGCAGCUUCCCCUGGGAGCUGGUCAGGGACUUCCACAAAGCCGUCAUACAGGACAUUGAGGCCGGAAAUCGCGAGUGGGUUGACGGCUUUGAGGACAUUAAAGUCAAGUUCUUCGGAAACGCUGUGAGUCAACCCGAAAUCACUGCAGAGGUGGUGAAACAUAGCCUCCCAGAUGUCAGACAGGUCCCUAAAGUCAUUGUGCAGACACCUACGCCCGAUGAGGGGACACUCUGUAAGGGCACGGAUAUUUCUAGUUUCAGCAAUGAAGAAAUUUGUAAAUACAUCGACCGCAGUUUUGCUUUUUGGAAAGAGAAAGAGGCAGAGAUUUUUGAUUUUGAGUAGUUUUCUUUGUGUUACAUUUUUUAUAUGUAUAUUUUUAAUGUUUUGUAGGUAGAUGAAGGUAGAGCUGGAUAUUGUGACUUGAACUGUCUCUAGCAAUUGUCAAGUACUGCUAGAAUUUGAGCCUUGUUUACUUUUGUCUGACAUUUGUUUCAUUUUGUUAAUUUUAUACUGUAUUUUAAUAUGCUUAUGCUAAUAUAUUAAAAGUCAUGAACUCCA